AUGUCUGGAAGAGGCAAAGGCGGUAAGGGACUCGGAAAAGGGGGCGCUAAGCGUCACAGGAAGGUUCUUCGGGAUAACAUCCAGGGCAUUACUAAACCCGCCAUCCGUCGUCUUGCUCGCCGUGGCGGAGUCAAGCGUAUUUCCGGUCUGAUCUACGAGGAGACCCGUGGUGUGCUGAAAGUGUUCCUGGAGAACGUGAUCCGCGAUGCUGUGACCUACACCGAGCACGCCAAGAGAAAGACCGUCACCGCCAUGGACGUCGUGUACGCGCUGAAGCGACAGGGACGCACUCUGUACGGCUUCGGAGGAUAAACUCAUCUGUACACUCACAAACACCCAACGGCUCUUCUAAGAGCCACCCACAUUUUCAGAAAGGGCUGUUUUUAUAAUGUUACUUGAAUUAUUUUGAAACUAACUUAAAGUAUAGUCUCAGUUCUUAAACUAAAAUCUUCAAACGUUUUUAUUUGCACAUUAAAAUAUUAAAUUAGUUUUUUGCCUUAAUCUCGAUUUUACGUUGAUUAAUUUAAUGAAAAGUGUUCUCUCAAAGAGUUAAUUAAACGUGUGAAACGGCAUGUAUUAUAAUAAAAAGGUUUUCUCCUUUUAA